GGAGAAUCGAUCUGAAACUAGGAGUCGCCGCAGUAACCGCUGGGAGGAAGCCAGUGUUACAAUUCGGGGGCCCUGUAUGCGCCAGUGAAAUCUUAGACGCCGGUUAAUCGUACGCACGGUGGUCGUCGGGUCGCUGCCGCCAGGCUGGGCAGACAGCGCGACCAGAGAGUAUAUACGCGGUAUAAUGCGACGUGCACCCUUCUUUCUCAUCUUGAUGGCUUCUUUGGAAUAAAGCCGCGCGCUUGCUGGGACGGUUCCUUACCUGCAGGGCUAUGACGUAAUGGCAAGAGAGGAGUUACGGACCAAGAGACCUUUUAAGAUAUGGGACAGCUGGCGUAACGUAAGAAAGGGAUUGGUCGUUAGCAAUUUCGAAGAGUUGAUUGUCCGGGGUAAGGAAAAGCUGGGCGUGCCACAAAAUGAGAAUGUCUCGUUAGUUUUGGAGUCGGACGGCACGCAAGUUGAAGACGGCGAUUACUUCAAGACAUUAGGCAACAACACGAUCCUACUACUGCUGCGGCAUGGUGAACGCUGGUGUCCCACUGGCGUCGACAUCAUACGCGCUGCAAUUUCGGCGAUCCCGAAAAUAGUCUGCGAGACUAUUCACGCGCUGGAGCUGCACGAUGAGACGCCAUCGUGGAAAAUUAUGGACAAUAAAGGUCGAGUCACCGUGGUGCUGCACUGGGACCAGCGUUCCUCGUCGUCGUCGCAGGUGCAGCAGCAGCAAUCGAAGUCGGGCCAGGACGCACAGACCUCCAAGUAUUCCCCGACUAAGAAAGCCGACCUGAGCGGUGCUCAACGGCCGUCUCUGGUGAUCCAGACCAGCCUGGAUAAACUUGGCUACGACGGCAAGGGGGCGCACUUGCCCGGCGAGAUUGCUUCGACGCGGUACACCAGUCCGCGAAUCACUGUGAUAAAUCAUGAUGAUAUGCAGCAGCCGGCGCAUUCUCAUGCCAUGCCGAGCCGCCUGGUGAAGCAGGGCACGAACUCGUUCGACAGCACGACCAUUCACAUUCACACGCCGGAAUGCUCCAAUCAUAUUCAUCAACCAGUCGCGCGGAACGGCAGCCCGGUGAACGGCGCCGACGGAGGUGCUAUCGGCGAAUGCGACUUCCACUGUUGCACUUUGCACGAGGAGGGUCGCAGAAUCGCCGUGCACAAGUCGGUGGCGACGUCGCCGAUUCAGGAUGCGCAGCAUCAACAGUACCAACAUCCACAUCACCAUCAUCAGCAGCAGCAGCAGCAGCAGCAGCAGCAGCAGCAACAGCAGCAGCAGCAACAGACGCAAACACAGACACCAUCGCCGCAGCCACCGUCCUCUUUGUCAGACGGUACCAAACGACCCGGCCUGAGCAAAGGUCACGUGCGCUUCCGCGACACCGCCGACGAGGAGUCGAGCUCGCGUUUGGCCGGUGCUAGCUUCCACUUGCAUCAUCAUCAUCAUAAUCACCAUCAGGAGCACGACAGCUCCGAAUCCGAGACGGAGAACACGAUAAUGGAGGAUGAGAUCGUGACCUCGGAGAAAUUUCUGCUGCUGAUCGACCAGCUGACGGUCGAUCAGAAGCAUCAUCUCAGCAUCAAAGACAUCGGCAUCAUUCUGGAGCGACUCAGUUCCAAGAUCCUCGACGUCGAGCGGCUGGAUCGCGAGAGCGAGAGCGAGGAGUGCUACAAUUGGACGAUAAAGGCCAUCAUCAGGGGCGAUGUCCUGCGGGAGCUCGGGGUGAUCUACAACGGUAAUUACUACGCGAUCUCCGAGCAUCCUGGCUACAAGGAGGAGUCGGAAGAGAACAAUGAAGAUAAUGAAGAGGAGGAGGAGGAUAGACUUUAAUAUGAUGUUGUUUUAUUAGAUAGAUAGAUAGAUUAUAUAUCUAUUCCUGAUUAUUAUGAACUUAGCACGUUAUAACGUUGUAACGAACGGCUGGAGCACCACGUGUUCUCCUUUAGGUCCGAGGAUUUUCCGAUUCUCCAGUCUCGAUUUCAAGCUUCGCAGCAUUCCCCCGUGGAAUUCUAUUAGGAUCCCCACCCUCUUCCCCCCCCCCUCUCCUCCCUUCGCCCCUAGGACCCUUGAGAAUUCAAUUUCUUCCAGAAUUUUCCUAGGACUUUUUAGGAUUCUCCUAGAAUUCUGCACGUAUAUUCCACGUAGGUGGAAUUCGGGGUAACUGUAUUACAGGAUUAUCUAAAUUCGCCUAAAUUUUGAUAAAUUUACAAUUUCUAGGAUUUUUCAGGACACUCGCAGGAUCUUUUGAGAUUCAUUAUCCCCUCCUUAGGAAUCCAUAAUACUCUAGGAAUUUUUGAUGUUACGAUCCUGUAGGAUCUUAGAAUUUCUCUGAGUGAGUGAGAAUGAUCCUGUGAGUCUCGUACUACUGAUUCAUUUGACAAUUUUGCAAGGAAUUUCUUGAGAAAUCGUCCCCGAUCCUAGGAUCAUUCAAAACACUUGUACCUUUAAUUUCGGAUGUCUCAGCUCACUUUUUCCGAAUUCUUUGGCUUGAGGAUUCUCGGAAGAAAUUUUUAAAUCGUACUAUUUUAGGUUUCUUCAUACUUUGAAUUAUAAGUAUUCCAGUGUUUUUUUUGAAUCUCUUCAAGCGUAUUCGGUGUUUUGGAUCCUGGAAGCCAGAAAUCUCGGGAAAACGUCAGAUUUAAAAUGCCACAAAAUAUCUUAGCUCCCUCAGACAUUAUAUUAUCUGUAAUCUAGGUGCCUUAGAUCCUAGGUACCUUAGAUUCCCUCCACUCACACUCACACCUACACCCGCUAUACACACACAUCCAGAUCCUGUUCACUUUAGAGUGCCUAGGUGCCUUAGAUCUUAGACAUUGUAAAUUCUAGAUCUUCCAGACAGAUCCCACACAAAUACUACUCGUUGCGUACCCACGAUCUCGAUAUGGAGGUUCCUAAGUUCCAUAAAUGGCAUCCUUUCCCGGCAUGCUUUCCAUUUUCUUUACGGGCCCGUAUGACAAGUCGUUCCUCGAUUCUCUCCCGUUAUCGAGAGCUCACGAUGUUGUAAGCGUUUACAGUGCAAUCAUUGCCGGCAGCAUCCCGACAACAAGGAGAAGCCCGAGGAGAAUGAGGGAGUUAAUGUUAAUAAGGAAAGGAGUAUAGACUUUAUAAUACGAUGCAGUUUUUUCUUAGAGAUAUAGAUAGGUAGAUAGAUUAUAACUGAAGGAUUCAAUGCAACUGCGGUUUCGUUCACUUUCUUGAAAUCUUGAGAACAUAAAAUCUAGAGAGUGUUGGGAACAUUAAAUUUAAAUUAAUUUUCUCAAGUUCUUACAGAAGUGGGCACCGUGGGCGUCGAAUCUCUUCAUUUAUUCAUCACUUAUGACUUUGCAUACGGUUCCUAUGAUCCUAUGAUCGGUCCAAAGAUCCCCGGCUUCUUUCGAUUACGAAAUCCUCGGAUCGGAGGUGAGAUUCACGGUGAGCGAAAGAUGAGCGAUACGCGCAAAUAUAAUCCCGAUAAACCCGAUUCGAAAUUUUCUGGUUCUGCGUCAUCUCCGUAAAUUUCGUCAAACUUGAGGGAGAAAUCUUGGGAAUGGGAAAUCUUGAGAUAUAACACUGUACGAGCUACUACCUUUUAAUGCUGCAAAUGGUUACUUUUUAUCGUCGUCUUUGUGUGUUGAGAUUUAAAGAAUUCUCCUAAUUAUCUAGUAUUCUUUUCGUCUCAAUAAGUCACGUCACGAGCUUUAUCAUCCAUGUUGAGCAUUGAGGUAGAACAGUAGCUCAUACACAAUCUCUGUUAUAUCACGAGAUUCUACACUUAUCCUUCAAAUUCGAUGAUAUUUGCAAGAUAGAUGUAGAAUUAAGAUUUUGUUUCGAAUAUAUUUCGUAUCUCAGAGAGGAAACCUAAUUCAUAAGGUUGAGAAGAAACUGAUCGACAAGAGAAGCGACAAAAGAGCACGUCGACAAGACGUAGAUCGACAAAGGCGUCGUUUCUUCCGCGAACGUGUUUCGUACUAAAAGAGGAGAAGAAAAAGAAAAACUUGACAAGAAAGCAAAGCGAGGGGAAGAAUAGCAUAUUUAAUUCUCAUGACACAUCUUUAUUAAAAUCUAGUUCUAAAAACGGUUGUUGAAAUAUGUAUUUAUUAAAACUAGCAUGUAUACUUGUAGGAAACAUUUUUGGGAUUACGGAUAUCGAUUCCGUAACCGUCCACAACACUGCCCUUCUAAGGAAAAGAUAGAUAGAUAGAGAGAGAAAGAGAGAGGAG